UUAGAAAGUUCAGCGGACGGAAUCAAGAAAACUUUUCUGAGAUUUUAAGUAAUUGUCGAGUUUGUGUCAUCACUCCAAUGUCCCUCGAUAACUACCUGAGAGAUUACGCUUUGUCCCUGGAUGUAUUUUCAAUGCUUGUGUUUGACGAGUGUCAUCACACACGCAGAAAUGAACCUUACAACCAAAUUAUGGCACGCUACCGAAAAUUAUACAAAGAGGGCGGUAGAUCACCACAGAUUAUUGGCCUGACAGCGUCUAUUGGGACUGAGAGGGCACAGAGCGUGGCUGAUGCAGAGGAGAGUAUCAUCCAACUUAUGGCGCGAAUGAAUGUUACUAAGAUCGCUACUCCAAAGGUCUACGAAAAGGAGUACAAGAAAUAUGUUCCAGAUCCUUUUAAAUGUACAGAGGUGAUGAGAGACCGAAAGGUUGAUCCGAUCAGAGAUACCAUACAGCGCGCUAUGGAACGGCUUGAAAAAUGGCUCUUCGGUAAAUUACUUGAUGUGGACACCGGGGAUGUGCACAAGGUGUUGAGAGAGAUACCUGAAACGCAGCGAACGGAGCAACAAUAUCAAACCUGGUUGUCUUCCUUACAGAAUGUUCUCCCCCUCAGUAAACAACUAACCUGCAACCUGAUACAACAGGCCAUUGUAAUAACAGACCAUUUGACUAUGUACCAGAACGCCCUCAGUUGUAACUAUAUUCUCUGUAUGAGGGACGUAUUGACGCAACUGUACCUCUCGUCACUGAAGUAUGGAAUAUUAGAAAGAGAGAAACACAAUGCUGUAGUCCUAUGUAGCGCACGCGAAGGCAGUCCAAAAGAAGUCAGUAUGGAAAAAGACAACACAGAUUUGACGGUUGUCAGUCUGUACAAAGAUGUCAUAAAUGAAUUGGAAUGCCUCUCAACGAACCCGAUUUACGAGAAUCCAAACAUCAUUCGUCUUCAGGAGAUGGUGGAUGAAAACUUUAGAGAGAAUGGAAAGGAUUCAAUAUUCAUGGUGUUUGUAGAAACAAAAGCAUCUGCAAUAGCCGUUUCAAAAUACCUUACAGAAAAAUCAUCCUUUGCGAAAUGUGAGCACCUAAUAAGUUCCAGGUCAACAUCGGAAUACAAGGAAAAACAAUCCCAAGCCGAGCAAAGCCGAGUGCUCAAGCGACUCUCAGAUAAAAAGCUCAAUGGUAUCGUAGCGACCCAGGUGGCCGAGGAGCGAUUAGACAUACCUGCCUGUAACUUCGUCAUUCGUUACAACAAUACCAGGAACGAGAUAUCCACUGUACAGAUUGCAGGAAGGAGUAGAGCAAAACAGGGGAAAAUCACAGACUUUGCAAAUACAGUGAAGCAGAGACAAGAGGAGAUGAACGUAAUUAGAUUGACACUGAUGAACGACGGCUUAAGGAAAAUUAUGGCUAAGUCAGACGAAGAUCUAGAGGCUGCGGUCAGACAGCGCAUGCGCACUAUCACUGAAAAAGAGGCUGAAAACGAGCGAGCGAAAGAGCUCCAUAAAAAGAGUAAGAAGGAAGGCAACUUUACACUGCGAUGUGGGGAAUGUCAGGAGACUGCAGUGUCUAGCUGUGGCAUACGAUGUUACAUGGGAUCCCAAUAUGUAGUCAUAGAUAAAGAGUUCUACAAAAAGAUAAUACGUCGGCCUUCCGAUAAAGUGGCUAGGUAUGACAAUCUGGAAUUAAGGGAUAAAAUAAGCUGUAAAAAAUGUAAACGUAACUGGGGGGAUUGGGCCUGCUUUAAAAGUAACGUCUUCUGUGUAAUAUUGACGAUUAAGAACUUCAUUGUCAGGGAUAACAACAAGAAAGAGGACCAUCAUAGAAAACCUUGGUCAAAACUUCCCUUCAAGGUACAACCCAUGAGCGAGGAUGAGUUUUCUGCUCUUGAAGGGUUUGAGGAACUUACAGAAUAUACCCAUGAUUGAUGAUAGGGUACGUUAUUAUAUGACAUUACGGCACAUGCUGUACGAAAAGUAGUCAUGAUUCCUUACUUUUAUCCUAACUUUAGUGGUUCUAUGACAAUGGAUACAAGAACAAUAGCUUAACGGAUCAGUGAAACAUAUGCAAGUCAGUAGUAUGUACGAAUUUCAGUAACUUCAUAUCAUAGCAACUGUAUUUGACUUUUAUGAUGUGCAUCAAAUCUAUUGCUAUUACUAUCAUUCCAUUAUGAUUAUGAAUAUGAUUCUGAAUUGUUAAUGAGAUGCCAAAAUUAGAAUGUAAUCAUCACCUGAAUUGUGGAUUUCAGCGUGUGUUAACAAAUAACUGAAUCUCGUGUAGAGUGGAAGCCAGUGAACAAUAUUCCAUCAUAACAGUUUGGAACUUAAGGCCAAAACAUAUGUUCAGUUAUAUUACAACUUGGACGUGAAAUAUAAAUAUAUAUCCCGAACCAGGUUAACUAAAGCACCAAAAGAGAUACAUAUAUUCGAAAUAUUAAUCCAACUCGCAAGGUCACAUAGUUGAAAUUAUAUUACUACCGUAAACGUAGAGUCUAUAAUAAUGCUUAUAAAGCAAAUAAAACAGAGGAUACAAUGGUAGAUUAAUACAAGACCAAAACACAAAUUAAAUAAACUAGUAAUUUUAUGCAUUUCAUUCUGAGGGCAAAUUUAAAUAUAUCAUUAUAGUCAAUGAGAAAAUAUUCCUCAUUGUCAAAAAUAGGUCCGAUAACAUGUCUAGGUGAGAGGUGAGAAACAGAGACAUUACCUUAAAAUAUCAAAAUUUGUAAUCCGUGCUGGACUAUCUUAUUUACCCUUCCCCAGACAGGUUUUAUAAGUGACGGAUCAAUUAGAAAAGAAUAUCCGUCUCUUUUGCGUUAUUUAAUACAAUACUAAAGAGAAAACAUGCCAGGUGUUUUGGUUCUAACCAUUUUUAAAAAGACAUUUGAUUCAGUGUCUUUGUCUUUUAUUCAAUAGGUGGUGUAUGUCUAACUUAAUGAUAAUAUAGGUAGUCAAAUUUGUUUGGCUGUUACUGUAAGAUAUUUUCCUUUCCGUAGAGGCUAUUAUAGCAACUCAGUCUCCCCUUAUCUAUUAUCAUUUGCGCCCAUGACCAUCAUGUUAAAAGUAAGAAUAAGAAUUGUAUACAAUGCAUGAAAAAUGUUAAGUCUCAUUAUUCUUGAUAUGCUAGAUUUUCUAUGAUUUCUUUAGAUUUUCAUGUCAAGCACAAUAAAACGGAGGAAAACAGUUUUUUUAACGUCCUAUUAACAGUCUGUACAACAUCCUGUCUAGUGAAACUGACCAUGUCUAAUAUCAUUUCUGUAUAGUAAUAAUUAAUCAUUUGUUGCAAUGUGUGUACCAUAAACUUUAUCUCUCACACACAUACAUGCUCACAUUUGUACAUAUGGUUGAAUACAACACAGUUCUUUAUAACAGAAUAUUCUUUUUCAUCUUUAUGUAAAUUACUCUUUACCAUGUUAUUCUAGUUGCAUAACAUUUUGUUUUACCACAAGUUCUUAGUAAUUUUUAUGAAAAAAAAAAUAUUAAAAGAUUAGAAGAACAGCACAGGCUAGCGUCAUGAUAACAGCCUUCAUAGGCUCAACACGUAGUCCAAGUGAUAGACAAGGAAAUAUCCUUUUCAGUAUUCCGAAUGUCUGCUCAAUCUUAACUCUGGUCUUACACAAAGCAUCGUUAUAUUUAAUUUCUGAUUGGGUAAAUGGAUGGUUAUAUGGUGUCAUCAGAAAAGUAGUGCAUGGAUAUCCAGAGUCACCUAGCAACAUUCAGUUAUAGCUACCUGUAAUAUAAAUAUGCAUAAUUGUUUCAGGUCAGAAUGAAUUUAUACUUAUUUGUGUAAUGAUUUCACACAGGAAAUCAUUAUUAUAAUUAGCAGUUUAUCAAUUACUAGUUAUAAUAUAAAACAAAUGGUUGAGUAGUGCAAUUACAUAAUUAAUAUAGCUUAUCAAAAUAAUGACAAGAGUGUAAAUUGUGGAAUGAAAGAAAAAAUGAUAAUUAUAUCAGUCACAUGCACUAAGAAAUUACCUACAAUGCAGUUCAUAAGAAUUGGUUUUACUCGUUCAUACAUAUAUGAUGUCAUAUUGUAUGAUAGGAAUGUACUCCUGUAGACAGGAAUGUACAAGAAUGUAAUCUGUACAAGAAUGUAAUAAUACAGUUUUAUUAUAGGGCAUUUCAAAACUUCCAUGUUAUUUGCCAUUUUCAAAUUUGAAUCCUAAAAUGUAUGACAAUUGAAUUUAUAAAGUAAAAUGUUUAAAUAGUUAAAGAAUUGGCAUCACAGUAUUUAUAGUAUACACAUGUACAUGCACAAUUCUUGUAUCAUAGAUCAUCAUUGAUGUGCAUUUUGUAUUAUGUGUAUGGACUACAUAACCAUAAUUGAAAAGUAUAUAUGUUUACGUAUGUACUUCUAUGGAACAUAAUAAUUCAUGUGCAUAUCAUGAUUAUAAUGCUUUACUGUGAACAUACCAAGUAUACUUGUAAUUCUUUAUGAGUUUGUUAUGUUUUUGUUGACACUUUUUGUGUAUACUAUCUGUGUACAUUUUUUUUUAUCAAGUAUAGAUAUAUGCAUAAACUGAAAUCAUAAAUUAUCCUUUGUCCACUUUCAUGUAAUCUUAAUUAGCUGUCAUGACCUAGCCAAAAUAUAUCUGCAGGCCAAUAUCACAUUUUAACUUGCCUAUUUGAAUCAAUUUGUCACUAAAUUAUUUUGAGCAUAUAUUUAAGCAUGUUUUGUGAAUAGGUAGACUAUAUAUUUUUUUUUUCGCAUGAGUAAUAUGAAUUGACGCAUAUUUCAAGGAACAGAGGCCUAGGUCAAACACGAGACAAAAAUAUUGAUUUCAAAUUAUUUUCAAUAUAACUGGAGUUGUAAUAUCCAUGCUCUUAUAUAUGUAAUUGACUGUAGUCUACAAUAGUGGGAUUUAUACCAGACUUAUAUUUGCAAAUCAUAAACUUGAUUAUGUAUUUUAUUCAAAUGAAAUUAAAAUGUUAAGUUCUAAGUUCAAAUUCCAAAAUAAUAUGUCUUUUCUUAUUUUAACUUGUUGAUAAUUUAUUUAACUUAUUUGAAUGAUUUAUAGAUAAAUUCAGAGGCAAAUAUAUGUAAAUCAAAAUAAUGACUUCUGUUGAAUUUGAAUACUGUUAACAUGCUAUGCUUAAUAAAAACAUAUUUUUUUUGUUAUGAAUUUAAUAUGA